ACAUUCACCCAAUUCAAGGAAAGUUCAACACUAUUGAGUGAAAGAGAUUGAAAGGUAAUACAAGAAAUGGGGAAGGCAAGCAAAUGGAUCAGAAACUUCCUAAUGGUGAUGGGGAAAAAGGAGGAAAGGGAAAAGAAAGAAUACAAAUCAAUAGAAAGUAUGGGCACCCCAACAACUCCAAAGGCGAAAAGGAGAUGGAGUUUCAAGAAAUCAUCAAGCAUGGAGAGAAAAAGCCACAAGAGUAACAGGUCUUUCGACUUAACUUUUGAUCACCAACUAAACACACAAGGUUCAAUCCUGGAGUUUGACAUGCUAGAGAAACACCACAAAGCAAGCCUAACAGCAAAAGGAGCUAUAAAACCAAAGGCAUACCUUACCAGACGUGUUAAGGAUGCAGCUGCCACCAAAAUCCAAGCUGUUUUCCGUGCUUAUUUGGCUAGGAAAGCAUUGCGCGCCCUAAGAAGCCUAGUUAGAUUACAGGCACUGGUAAGGGGUCACCUAGUGAGGAAACAGACAGCAGCAAUGGUGAGACGCAUGCACUCUCUUAUGGUCAUUCAACUAAGGGCUCGUGUUCAAAGAGUUCAGAUGACUGAAGAAGCAAAUACCCCAAACUCAAGAAAGAGUCAGAAAGUAUCACCUGGGAACAAUCAACUUACCAGAGCCUGCAGCAUUGAAAAGAUGGAUGUUAGCAUUCAAGAAAAAGGGAGAGUUCAGAAGAAUAAUAGCACGAAAAACAGAUCUUCUGGAAUGGAAAAUGGAUUGAGCACCUCUGAGUCUCGUUGCCUUUCACUGUCAAGGAGAAGUCAUCAAGUACUUCAGACAUGUCCAAGUCCCUCUACACUGAGUGAUAUGAGCACAAUAAGUUAUGACAGGCAUUUAGAGGAUUUUUCCUUCAAGACGCCAGAAAAAGGUUUUGAACAUUGCUCUAAUGUGUCAACAACCACAUCUUCCAAAACCCCAUUUUCCAUUGCACACUCAGAAAAACCGAACUCCAUUUUUUCUAGUGCUACUUUAGCACUAACAUACAUGUCCAAUACAGAAUCCUCAAGAGCAAAAGCUAGGUCACAUAGUGAACCCAGACAACGACCCAAUUGGAGCAUUAUAAGAAAAAGCAAGCGCACACCAUCAAUGGAUGGGAUAACAGGCAUACCUGACUCUAGAAGGGAAGAAACACCUACUCACAGCAGGAGACACAAUGUCCCAGAAAGCCAUGAAGCCUGGUUACUUAAGCUCUACAAACAAGCAAAGUCUAUCAAGCAUGUCAAGGUUGAUUCCGCCAGCAUAGUGUCUGCCAUUUGACCUCUGGA